ACCCAAUAUGGCAGAGAUGGCAGGUCUUGCACGGUAACUAAAGCAACAUCAAGACUUUGCACAGCACACAGGUCGGUUAUCCACGACCGAGCGCAGACAUGAGGGAACGGCAGAAGAAGAAAAAGGGCAGAACAUGGGCAGAGGCCGCCAAAACGGUGCUUGAGAAGUACCCCAACACACCCAUGAGUCAUAAAGAGAUCCUGCAAGUGAUUCAGAGAGAAAGGCUGAAGGAGAUAAGUGGCACUUCUCCUCUUGCUUGUCUCAAUGCCAUGCUCCAUACAAACUCACGUGGAGAUGAAGGGAUCUUCUAUAAGGUACCCGGCCGAAUGGGAGUCUAUACACUGAAGAAGGACAUUGGAGAUGUGGUAAAGGAACUGUCAGAAGAUGCUUCAGACGACAGCAGCGACAACAUGUCUGAUUCUCGAUGCACAGAAAAUACCAGCACCACUGGCUACAGCAAAGACGGACGCAGAAGAAGGUGGACGAGGAGAGUGCCAACAAAACUGCAGUCUCAGCCGUCCUCCCCGCAGUCUCGCUGUUCAUCUCCUUCAGUCUCCAGCAGCAAACUCAUGUCUCCAUCACAGAAACACAGCAAGAAGGCCCUCAAACAGGCACUGAAACAGCAGCAGCAAAGAAAUCAGCGGCGACAAUGUGGAAUCUCUAACGCCUCCAGCCCACGACUGCUCCUCAAGACUGUCAAAGACAUGGCUCAUGACUCUUCCAAAUCUUCCUGGGAGCUGAAACAGAGAGAAUGCUGCCCUGCCAGUCCACAGAACUCUACCUCCAGCUCGUCCUCCUCUGUCAAAGCAGAUGUGUGCCACACGUCUGGUGCCCGCAAGGUGUCGCAGCGCUCCAGCCGGCUCAGUGCCAGACAAUUGAGACGCAGCAGGUGUGAGAUAGAUGUGGAGACACCAGAUUCCAUCCUUGUAAACACCAACCUGAGAGCACUAAUCAACAAGCACACAUUCUCACUGCUGCCUACAGAUUGUCAACAGAAGCUGCUUAAGAUGCUGCCUGAGGUUGAUCAGCAGGCCAGUAUGGAUGGAGCAUUGAAGGUGACCAGCUCUGCCUUGAACAAUGAAUUCUUCACAUCAGCAGCACAGUCUUGGAAGGAGAGAUUGUCAGAGGGUGAAUUCACGCCAGAGCUGCGACUGAGAAUGCGGCAAGAAAUUGAGAAAGAAAAAAAGGUGGAUCUUUGGAAAGAGCAAUUUUUCGAAAGCUACUAUGGUGAACAUUCUGGCUUGUGUAUAGAGGAAUCCAAAGAGUUGACGGAGGCUAAGGAACUUCCUGAACCAGCUAAAAGAACAGUUUUACCAGUAAAGCCAGCGAUUGUCAAAGAGCCUCAGAAGGUAAACACAGUGAUAGAGGUCAUCCACAUGGAGUUGAGAUCCAGAGAUGUAAAAUCAACUGUAACACAUACCUCCCCUGAAGAGCCAGUCAAACUUCCUGCUUCAGAGAAAUCACGUUUAUCCUUAGACAUGAAAAAGGACGCACAGGUGGAAUUGAUUCCAGUGUCUUCUAUACAGAAAAUGGUGGAUCCCAAACCAGACGUUGAGAAAACACUGGAGAGUGAGAUCAGAUGUAAGACCCCAACAUCUUCUUUGGAAGCAACGUUAACCUGCUUGAAAAGAAAAGAGACACAGAGCACUAAAGAGGAAAGUCCUGUUGGCGAGGCUGGACAGGCAUUGGCAGAAAGCAAUAAGGCUGGAUCUACAAUAACUGCUGUCACAUCUGAACCUCUGAAAAGAAAAAUAUCUAGUGAAGAAGAUGCAGAAGUCAUAACAGAGAAGAAGCCCCGCACCUCUUUAUCAGAAGUGUCACCCACAGCGACAGCUAGGGAAAAAGUAGAACAGAGAGUUCCUCCUCUCAAAAUCCCAGUCUCAAGAAUACUCUCUGCCCCUGCUGCUAUUGAGCAGAUAUCUCCAAGGACUCCUGUUCCCUUGACCCCUCCUAGUGUCCGACCGGGACGUACAGGUGCACGCACUCUUGCUGACAUCAAGGCAAAAGCCCAGUUAGCACGCGCACAGCGUGCUGCCGCAGCAGCAGCCGGAUCAUCUUCCUCAAAGGGAACUGGCUCAGUUGGAGGUACCUCAACACCCUCUCCAGCUCUGUCCCUUUCAGAAGAUUUUUCACCAGCAAGCAGCAGAAGUCAAUCUGUGUCACCUAUAAAGUUAAGCUCGGGAUCUCCUGCCCCUGAAGGCACAGUGAUUCUCUCACAAACCUCUCCUUCCUCAGGUUCUGCGGGACACACAGACCCUGUUUUUGCACAGGCCUUCAGUGCGAGCCAAGGUUUUUUAAAAGAAAAUCGCUCUUUGUUUGGGUUGCAAACCACUCAGUGCUCGUUGAACCCAAUGGGCAAGGAUCAGCAUUACCUUCUUUGUCCUGAAGGCACACUAGCACCUUCAGGACAAGCAGGAAACAUGACUGUCUCAAACACACUUGCACAAAACCAGAGACUACAGCAGACUCUUUUUGCAGGUGCAUCAGCUGCCAGGCUUAUCUCUUCAAUCCCAGCAAAUAAUCCUCUGGUCACCCAGCUUCUUCAAGGUAAAGAGGUUCCCUUAGAAAAAAUUCUCCCAAAGCCACUAGCCAAUGCUGAGGUUCAAUCUGUGGCAAUUUCUGCCAUGGAUAAAAAGAACCUUGACACCACCACUGCUGGGUUGAAAAAAGACAGCCCAACAGUUCAAGAAGUCAGCAAAUUUGUUCCUUUUGACCAACCUGCGAAGCAAGUCAGUAGUAGGGACAAAUUUGAAGUCGGCACUCAGGACAAGAUCCUCCAACCACUAAGGGAGCAGAAGCACACCAGCUCAAACCGUCAACCUCCCCAGUUUCAAUCCUGCCAGUUAGGUCACCUUGAGAGUAGCCAGGACCAGAGUGUCCAUCUAGGAAUCUUUGGACGGAAAAGAGUAUCGAAGCCAGCUAUGACAGGACACUACCUCCUCAAUGUCUCCACAUACGGUAGAGGAUCUGAGAGCAGCAAACGGCCACACUUGGCUAGUAAUACAAGCACUACCCUCGCCAACCUGAAAAAAGAGAAAAUUGAAGCAGAGGAUAGUGUGAAAGGGACAACAGAAUCACUUGCAGGUACCACCUCUCAAGGACACGCACCUUUCCCAAGUGUCAAAGUGGAACAGCAGGGAUGUUUCAUCAGCAAACCAGAUGAUGGUUUGACACCUCAACCAUGUACUGAUGUAAAGUCUGAAUCUCCAUCACUGAGCUGUUUGCCCAGCAAAGAAGAAGGCAGCUCUUCUACUAGAACCAAAGAAACAUGCUCAAGAGGGCAGCUUGAUAUGUGCAGCACUAUACAGGGUAAAACAGAGCCAUAUCAAUUAGGUGACUGUCAUCAACGCAUGUUCUUGCCUCAGAAAGCCCAUAAUGGAACUCCGUAUGGUGGCAGUAUAAGCAUGACUGUCCCUCAUGCACUGAACCACAGCAUGCCUGACACUCCGUCCUGCAGUGGCGAUAGUGAAACGGCUGGUGGAGGUAUGAUGUCUUUUUCCGUCACGGUCACCACCAUACCUGCCGGUCACCUACUGGAUCAGAGCAGUCAGAGUGAGACCUCACCUGAGGAAGCCUUCAUAGAAACCUCUGCAAUGGAGGAUGUCCAGUCAAAGUGCUACUGUCGGCUGAAGGCCAUGAUUAUGUGCAAGGGAUGUGGUGCAUUCUGUCACGACGAUUGCAUUGGUCCAUCCAAACUAUGUGUCUCAUGUUUGGUGGUACGAUAAUGGUCAUGUGGACGAACUGUGACAUUCAUUGAUUCAUAAAGAAAAGAGCAAUCAUACAAUCAAACAAUAAUUUUACCACUGUACAGUAGUGGUGCUCUCGCUGUGGUAAUCUACUCAUGCAUCCGUUGUCAUUUGAGAGGCAGGCUCUUAUGCUGUUCUUUGGGAGUAAUUCACUCAAAAGUGAAUUGCGACCGCUAAUAGUGCUGUUUAUUUGCACUUAUAUUCUGCUUUGUUUUAGCGGCCAAUUCAGGAAAGGAAUUAUCAAAUCAGGUAAAGGCCAACAACAAGUGCUGUUCUUGCACGUCAAUCCCAAGCACUAGGGGCCAGAUUUACUAAAUAGAGCAAAUUAUCGCGAAAGUACAAUCACAUAAAAGUGCAGAUCCCAUGAAAGGGAUGUAAAUUAAUAAAUUAUUAUAAUAAUUUAAGCACAAACACAAGAAGAGCUGUUGAUAAACAGGUAUGUGUAAUCUACUAACAACCCAGGGUUAACUUCAUGUCUUUUGUAAAUCAUUUUUUGUUUGUUGUUUUAUGCAGAAAGCUGCUAGUAAAUUCUGGCCCUUAGUUGUGGAGAAUAUGACAAACUACCGUAAUCUGGAAUGUUUACUGUUCAGUAUGGCUGCACUACUGCAAUCCAGAGACCCGAAACAGUUCUGUAAAUUGUUGAAAGUGAUCUGGACAACACUGUAUGCCUGCAUAUAUGCCCGGUUAUCAUAUUUUUAUCUAUCAUGUGCAAUUUCAACACUUCUGACUCGGGCGUUGUUUACAGUAAUGCGUUUUUAAUUGAAAAGUAUAGGUUCUGUUAUGUUUCCACCUGACAUUCACAUUACUUCGGCAUCUUUGACCUGUCAAAACAAAGCGUUUUUAAAAUGUUAAAAACUACAGUGGCCGAGAGAGCUGAACGUGCUGCAGUUUAAGAAGACAUGUGCAAUUACAAAAAAUGAAGUUACCCUUUUUUCAUGAAAUUACUCUUUAUGCUUAGAUGCCAGGAUUCUUGGAACCUCUGGUCGGCAGCUUUAUGCGUAUAAAGAGUCACAUUUGGACAGCUUUAAAAGCAUAGAUUUAAAUUAUUUUACUUGCUUUUAAUGUCUUUGAACAAAUCCUGCUGUUGAUCAGCACCACCUCCUGGACUGAUUAUUUAAAAAGUGCGAUCUAAUGAGAAUGAAAAACAACCACUGUGAGUAAUUUACCCUUAUCGUUAGAUGGUAUCUUCUGCCAUUUAAAUGGAGCAUUGUCAUCGCUAAAGUCAACAUUUUCUCUUUUUUUCAAAUAUAUAACUAACAUAUAACCAACCCAAACGAUGGUCCAAAAUGUUUGACACACACACGUGCGUCUCAUUGACACAUUGAUUUAAAGAGUGGCAUAAAGUGAAAAUAAAGUGGCAUUUUGAAAUGACAGAAAAACACAUGGUAAGCACUACACAAAACAAACUAACUAAAUGAAACAUACUGUAAACUGCUCCCGGGUUACAAUCAACAUUCAAAUCAGCCAGCAGAGUAUCAGUCAUGUACUUUUAUUUUUUUGGAAAUUUAAUGCCUUACAUGCCAGUAAUAUGGUUUGCUCUUAAUAAUACAGUAAUGUAUUGGGUGUGUUGUGUGUGUGCGCACUGAGCUCUGUAUAACACCUGACAGAUCUGACGGUUUUUCUCUCGCGCUUGAACCACAUCUGACAGAAGUAUAACAGCUUUUAACACACAUCUUUUAAAAUCAAACUCGUGCAUCACCAAAAAACUCCCUAAGCCACUCAACACGGUACUAACACCCAUUUUCGGAUCGAGAUUUACCAGUUGUAAACGCUGCAAAUGGAAGUUCUAAGUAUCCUAUCGGAAGCCGUUGCUUGCUAUGGCGCCCUCCAUGCAGCAUCCAAGAAAAAGGUCUAUAAUGUAACUUUAAAACAAAAACGCACUAGUGUAAACAGCCUUAAGUGGAUCAGGGGUGGUUUGUGAAUAAGACACAGGUUUUUGCACUAAUAAUGCAGUGUGCAGCUAAAUUUACAGAAAUCCCUUUGUUUAUUAUUUUAGGCACAAAGAUAAAUGAGGUUUGGAAAAUGUGCAAUGCCGAGUAAUACUUCCUAUCAUUCAUUAAGGCACCUUGUUUUUGACUCAAUAUUGAAUAGUGGCAAUAUUUACGGCUUAUUCCUAUCCGUGUUAUAUUUUCAUAACAAUUUUAGAAAACUAAACCAACUAUUUUUGUAGAUGUUAAAAAUAAUGGUUCCCCCCUUCCCCCUACCUGUCAGAUUUUGGACACAUAAUUCCAACCAGUUUGCUUGAUUAGAAACAGAUACUUUUUUUUUUUGGUCUUUGCUUGCUGGUUUGUAAUGCAAGCAAAGAACCACAUGACUAAAAUACCAGUUCCUUUGCAGAAUUACUGUGAAUAUGUAAACCUAAUAUAUUAACCUGCCUUGUUCCUAGGUUUAUAUGGUACUGUUAAAGGUUAUUUAUGGGAUAGAAGGGAUUUUUGUCAAAAACAGUUACAGGCUUCUCUUAUAUGGGUGGGUUUUACUUGAGAGAAUGACAGAUUUAUACUGAUGAUGGCAAUAAUUUGUAUAUUUACAGUACAAUAUUUAUAAAAUGAAGAGCAUUAGUCCCUUACAUCUCAUUUUUUUUGUCUAAAUAAAAAGAUUUAUUAUGAUUGCACUUUUUUAUGUUCAAUGACAAACUUGGCAUCUUCAAAAGUUAUAUAUUUGUGAGGUUGAUGAGAAUGAAAGCACUUAAUCGAAUAAUAAUCUAUUGUACCCUCUCAGGAGCAAAACCAGGUCUUAAUCAUUUCAGUAGCCCGUGUCUAAUCAUUCACACGAGUGACAUUGCCUCCAAUUGGAAUAUUGGAUAUUCCCUAGUAAACGAAUGCAGAGCAACAGCAAAACUAUAUGAGCAAUGAAGUUGAACACUCAGAAGGGAGAUUAUAUGAAGAUUUUCGGUUUGUUUUAUAUUGUAAAUACUGAUUUUCUUUUGAAAUGUACAAAACUAUUCCUACAAAACAUUUGUGUAACUUAAACAUAUCCGAUUGUCUACUAAGGGGUUUUUAUUUAACAAUUGCAGUCACAAAUCACGAUUUUAAUCAUGUUUCAUCGUUUAAAAUUCCUGUCCCAAAACAAUUCUGCUACAUUUUGAUACCAGUUGUUAUGUGUAUGUCUUUCAAUUAGUUUCUUUAAUCAUUCGCCUUCAAGGCAGUAGAAAUGUAAACAAAGUUUUAGCUACGAUUUGCUUGGUAAUAUACCAAAGUCAAUUUAUGGGAACUAGAUGAUCAGAUUUUGUUUUUAAUGUCUGUAGUUACUCAAAGUAAUAUAUUUUAAGUAAUAUAUUUUAAUAAUAAUUAUUAAAGAAGUCUAUUUACAAAUCAAAACGUUUAAAGAAACAGGGUAUUUACUAUGUCUUUAUAUUGGCUGUCCCGUUUUGGUAUACCUUCAUCCCAGGUGUACAAACUUUUUACACAUUUUUUUUGUACCCUUUCUUUUGUUUGGCUAGUUUGCAAAGAAUCGAUGUACCCUCAUGGUAGAUUUUGAAUCGCCUAAUAUUAUCUGUGAGCUCACUUUAUUGAUUGCUAAAAGUCUAGCUUCUUACUGAAAAACAAUCAGGUUUUAGUGUUUGUCUUGUGUGGAUACAGUUAGCGUGGUGGUUGGGUUGUGCUGAAUGUCUUUGGGUGUGAGGUCGGUUUUUCUGGUUUUUCAUAGAGACAUAUGCAUCUUUAAACGUUCAAGAGACUCCACGAAUAUAACUGUGAUACCUCCGUUAUACUUCAUAUCUGAACCGAUAUGAUCGUAAAAAUAAUAGUUAGGUUAGAUCAUAAACAAGCAGCGUUUAACUAUUUAUUAUGGGUUAUUUACUGCUGAUUUUUUCUUUGAUAGAGUGGCGACGCAUGACUUUCCACUGCCUCUAUCCUCAACCAUUUAUGCCUGUGACGUUUUAACAAAACGCUUGGAUUUUUAAUGAACGAGUCUAAUGUUUUCCCCUGCCGUGAUAUGACUCCAGAACUCUGGAGUGACUUCCACAAUGUGUGUCAUGUUAUGUUUUUAAAAGGCAAAUAUUUUAUGUAAAAAAGGUGAAUGUAAUAUAGUAAUUGUAAUCAGCACUUGUACGCAAAGUGUAUUUUAUCAAGAAACAAUACGAUUAAAUGCAGUAAAACAAA